AUGGCUAGACAGAACUUCGUUGGUUUGGUCAUUUCCCAAGGUAAAAUGAACAAGACCGUCAAGGUCAGAGUUCAGUCCACGGGUUACGACAAGAGAGUCCACAAGGAAGUGUUGAAGAGAAAAGACUACUUGGUUCACGAUUCAGGUAACCUCUGUAAAGAAGGCGAUAUCGUCAGAAUUGAAUCGAUUCCUAAAAUGACCGAGAGAAAGUACUUUGCUAUUGCUGAAAUCAAGGUCAACAAGGGUCAGCAGUUUGCCCAGUACCAGGAGUUGGCCAAGAAGCAGGUUGCCAAAGAAGAAAAGGCCAAGAUCGAAGAGUUCCUCAACAGAAGAAACGAGCUCAGCAACGUCAUCAAGAAGGUCGAAGACUUGAAGCAGCUAGAUCAAAUAUCAAAGAGUUUCCAGAAGGCUACUGAAGAACAGAGACCAGACCUUCUCAAGCAGAUCACCGAUAUCAAAGAAAGGUACAACAUCAAGUCAUGGCCUUCUACAGAAGAAGUGCUCCCACUAGCGGUCAACGAGGCCGCCAAGGACCUCAGCAUUGUCGACAACAGAUUGGCCAACAUCCGUGUCAUCCUAGACAAGUUGAUGAGCCAGGACUACAAGAGCCAGAGACUGGAGAUCUUGGCCCAGAUCGGUAGAGGCAGUGAAGAAGAGUUGAAGCCUAAUGUCAUGAAGAACAUGUUGAGGAAAUGGGUCAUGAACCCUAGAAACGAUGUCCCUGUCUCUCUCUAG